AUGUCUACCCCCGUCUCACUCAUUCCCGCAGAAUUCUCAUCUGAAUUUAUUCUGAUUCUUACCACAACCCUCCAUCUACACACCCAUUUCACCCCACCCGCCCGGCACGCGGGACCAUCUAACCCAGCAUAUCACGACCUACCCACCACACCCACCGGAUCCCACAUCUCAACCCUCCCUCCAACCGCGGCCCGAAAAAGGCCCACCCAAACCAAAACCGCAAAAAAAAACCCCCCACAUACAACAAAAAUGCCCCAUCUCCUACCCCCACAAAGUUAUGCCUUCCUCCCACGCUUCCACGACCACCACCAUCGUCACCGCCGACAAUCCUCCACAACCACCCCCAUCUCACCACCAUCAUCCCAAAUGUCCCUCACAACCCGCACCCUCACCUACGUCAUCGCCUUCAUAAUCACCUUCACCCUCGUCCUCUUCCUCCUCUCCCUCUUAAACUUCUACACCACACUCUUCACCUGCGCCGCUGGCCAGCAACUCCACAUGCUCUUCCACGCGAGCGUCGUCGGCGCCACCGUCCUCAUGGCGACGCUGGUCGCGGAUGAUCUCGUCGCCAAGGCGCUGAGAUUGCACGGGGUAGGGUAUCGGAGUGGGGCGGCGGCGGAUGCGGUGUUGAUAGGCUUGUUUUGGGCGAAUGUGGGUGUUGGCGGAGGUGCUUGGGGGGUGCAAGUUGUGAAGGGGUGGGUUGAGAGGGGGCUUUGGAAUUCCUUUAUCGGCUUUUGA